GAAAGCUCAAAAAAUAUUAAUUCAUUACAUAAUUAUGAAAUUAGUAGAUAUUUGCCAAAGAUUAUGGAUGACACAGAAAUGAUAAUUAUGCCAAUAAUACGACCCAUUACUGAUCAUCAAAAUUUUAAUGACAUAGAGGGUCGUCGGUUUAUGGAACUUAUGGGUGCCGUCCAUAUCAUGAAAAGACCGAAAAAUCAUGUGAUCCGAGAAAUUCAGUGUCGAUGGGAUGCCAAACAAGUUUCAUAUGAACUAUUGGACCGACAGAUAAGGGAUUUUACUAAUUUCACACUUAAUUUAUCGGAAUUUAACAAAAUUUGUGAAAACGACAAAAUAUCUCUCGUUAAGUACGGAUGCAUUGAAAUCAUAAACAUGCGGUCAGUCCUCUUCUAUGACUUCGACAAUCAAUUCUUUAACAUUUGGAUUAAUGAUAAGACAUCAGUUCGGCUUAAUUUAAAUACAAUCAAAUCUGGCCAUCAAAAUGAACGGGACAUUCACGAUAUCUUUCUUGAUUUAAUGUCAACAAAUUGGGAAAAUGAUUCAUAUAUUAUAGAUCUCUUAACAGGAAUAGCAUUGUUUAAUCCAAAUCGUCCAAAACUAUGUCAUAUAAGUACUAUAAAAUUAACCAGAUAUAUCUACAUGUGUUUACUUUAUCGAUAUUUAAUAGUAAAAUAUCGGUCAGAAAUUGCCGCUCAAAAUAAAUUUGUGCGACUCAUGAAACUGUUGCGAACAAAUCAAGAGUUAGGUGAUCGGCACCGGACUAUCAGAUCACAUGAAAAUCCUCAGUUAACCACACCUUUAGUUUGUGAAGUGUUUGAUAUACCCGUCAAAACAGAUGUCUGUCCUUUAACUCAACAAAAUCAAUAUCCAUUGCAUAAAAUGAUUUCUCGUUAAAACUUUGUAUUGUAUUUUUAUUGCUAUACUGCCAUAUGAAACCUAUUAACUAACC